AGAAAAAGGACAAAAAGAAAACACCAAACCGAGCCUUAACUACAAACAUAACAACUGUAAAAGCUUUUUCCCUUCUUCUUCGCAUGUUCUUGGAGCUCCGGCUCCAUUAACGGAGCCCCAGCUCAUUAUAUCCGAUCCAUCUUCUCUUCAUUUCCAUAAAAAGAUCUCUUCAUUUCUUAACUUUCCUUUAUCAGAUCUCUAAUUUUAAUUGCUUUAUUUCUUUUAAUUUUUAAACAAUGUCGAAACCUUGGGGCUCCAUCGGCGAUUGGGCCGCCGAUGUCGAGCGGGAAGAACAGGAAGCUGCAGCUGCCGCAGCAGCAUCAGCUUCUUCCGGCGCAUCCGGAAAUUUCCCUAGCUUAAGAGAAUCCGUCACCUCAAAACCUAAAAAAAAGAAAAUGACGCUCACCGAAUUUUACACCUCAUCCGCCGGUUACGCCGGCGGCGAAUCAAAAGGAUUAACACGCGAUGAGAUGCUCCGGCUUCCAACGGGUCCGAAAGAACGCUCCGCCGAAGAAAUGCAGUACGGAAGACUGGGAGGCGGUUUUUCAAAUUAUGGGCGAUCGGGUUCCGGUCGGAUGCGGGAACGCGAUGAUAGCGAAGGAGGUUGGGGAGGUAAUAAUAAUAAUAAUGAUAAUAGAAGACAGUAUGGUCGAUUUGAUGAAGAGCGAAGAGCUCCAUCAGUUAGGGUUUCUGAAGCUGAUGAGGUUGAUAAUUGGUCAAUCGCUAAGAAAACAUCAAUUACGCCGUCAUAUGAUUCUAGUGCACGUCAAAAUCAAAGUAGUCGUUAUAGUGGUGGUGGUGGUGGUGGUUUAGGAGGUGGCUCUAGGGCUGAUGAGGUUGAUAAUUGGGCAAGUGGUAGAAAACCAUUUUUAACUACUAGUACUAGUGCUAGAUCUUCUAAUUUUGGAUCAGGUUUUCGUGAUUCCAGUGCACCGGAGGUUGAUAGGCGGACACGAGGAGGAGGAGGAGGAGGAGGAGGAGGAGGAGGGGGGGGAGCAGGAGGAAUUCGUGAGCCAGAGAGGCCUAGAUUGGUAUUGGAUCCACCUAAGGGGGAUACAGGUGGUGGUAAUGAGGUUGUUAAAACAAACAGGUCUAAUCCAUUUGGUGCAGCCAGACCCCGAGAGGAAGUAUUAGCUGAGAAAGGACUGGACUGGAAAAAGCUUGAGAUGGAAAUUGAAGCGAAGAAGACUAGUAGGCCUACUAGUGCACAUUCCAGUAGGCCUUCGAGUGCACAUUCGGAGGCUAGGUCCGAGGGAUUAGGGUUGCAGCAGGGACUAGAGAAACCGAGACCAAAAGUGAAUCCUUUUGGCGACGCUAAGCCUAGGGAAGUUUUGCUGCAGGAACGAGGUCAGGAUUGGCGCAAGAUUGAUCUUGAAUUGGAACAUCGCAGGGUUGACAGACCUGAAACAGAAGAGGAGAAAUUAUUGAAAGAAGAAAUAGAGCAUUUAAAGCAGGAAGCAGCACCAAAAGAGGAAUCUCUGCAAAGUCAUGGUGGAGACCAACCCAGCUUACAAGAAAUAAUAUCUCAGAAAGAAAAGGAAUUAGAACAGAUAAUCCGUGAUUUUGAUGAUAAAGUUCGAUUUGGGCAGAAAGCUAUUGAAAGGCCAGGUUCCGGGGCAGGCAGGGCUGCUAAUUUAUCAGAGAGACCACCUUCUCAAUCUGGGUCAUUUGACGAGUCUAGAAGUAUGGAGUACAUGGAUAGGCCUCGAUCACGUGGCACUCAAGAUGCUUGGACAAGGCCUGGUGAUGAGAGAAGAGCAUUUCAAGGUGGCAGAGAAAGAGGCUUUAUGGGUAGCAGAGACUUUGACAGGUCAAGGACAAGGGAUAGAUGGUGAGCAACUGAUGUUGUAGAUUCGUCAGAGUUUCUCUUCAGCUUUUGACAACCGGAACCAAAUAAUAUUUUGCCUCACUUUUUUUUUCCCCUCAUUGUUCUCCUGUUUUUGCUCUGGAAAUGGAGCAAGGAUUAUUUUGAGUACUAGCACUGGGGACACUUGCAUCAUAUGUUGCAUUUUUUUUUUACCCCUCUUUGGUUUGUUUUGAAACGAGCCUGUAUUAUUUUUGUAGGACUCAAAUUGUAAUGAACACGGUCAAGUUUAAUUCUUGUCAUUUAUUUUUGCCGCAA